AUGGCGAGAUCAUCAUCUUCUGAUCAAAGUCGAUUAGGUCGUUGGGAAGACGACUCGAACCGUCCUCGCAAGAAGCCGCGAUACUCACCGACCAUCCCAGAGACGACGGGGAUAAUUCACUAUGCUGUUUCGUCGACCAAGACGAACCCUUUCGAUAAGAAACCGAUCACAGGAAUCAAUAUUCCAGAAAGCGAUUGGUGGGUCGUGACUAAAUUUCUCGGGAAAGGCUCAUACGGCUCUGUUUACUUAGCCAAUACGACAACGACCAACGGAGACCUAGAAGUCUGUAUUCCUAAGGAGAUGGCGAUCAAAACCACAGAGGUCUCAAAAGCAUCACGGCUCCAGAAAGAGGAAGAUUUCUUAAGCCGUUUCAAGAACCAACACGUCGUCUCUUGCUACGGAAGCAUCAUCACACAGGACAAGGAGAGCAGAGAGAUGUUAUACAACGCGAUUUACGAGUACUGCUCUGGAGGAUGCCUUGCGAAACACGUCGAAAGAUACAGAGGAAGAGGGUUACUAGAAUACGAUGCGAAGAGGUUCGCGAUCGAUAUCUUGUCUGGUCUGAAGUGUAUCCAUAAGAAGAGGAUCAUUCACGGGGACAUUGAGCCGAGGAACAUCUUACUCGUGCCUGAUGAUGUUAGGGCUAAUGGGUUAUCUGCCAAGAUCUCUGGUUUUGGGAAAGCCAUGGAGAAAGAUUCGGAUGAGUACGGUGACGGAUAG